AUGGUGCGCAGAAAAUCCAGCCCUACAAGAUCAAGACCAGCCUCGGGAUCAAAAGGUGGACAAAAAACUGGCAGAGCUAAUGUUGCUGGAAGAAACAAUCGAGUAAAAUCUGGAGUAAUAGCACUUCAAGAAAUAAGAUUUUUACGAAAAACAACAAAAUUAAUAAUACCUAAACUCCCAUUUUCAAGGCUUGUUCGUGAAAUAAUGCAUGAACUUUUUCCAAGAUCAGAAAUUUUCAGCAAAAGGAUAACAUUAAUGCAGCGUGAUAUGAUACUUAUGCGAAGACUUCGAGGACGUGACGACGUUAUCAAUAGAUAA